GAGGAAGAGGGCGGGCUUUACUUGGUGUCAGUGACAGAAAUGAAAAAAAGCUCAAAUGAGUGAGAAGGACGAUGAAGGAAACAUCUGUGCUGUGUCUGCUCUUUCUGAUCUCACUGCUGAGCUGCACAACAAACCAAGCUCGUCUGACUGUGAGUCCCAGCAGCUCUCAGUUCUUUAAAAGAGACUUUGUGUCUCUGAGCUGUGAGGAGGACGACAGCUCUGCUGGAUGGACUCUGAGGAGAAACACAAGCAAACAACAGAAGACUCAGUGUGGAAGAGAUGGGUGGGGAGAAGGUGCUGGUUCUUCAUGUAAUAUCACUGUUUUCCUACUGGACAGUGGAGUUUACUGGUGUGAGUCCAGAGAGGGUCCCAUCAGUAACAUGGUUAACCUGACAGUCACUGGUGGAUCAGUGAUCCUGCAGAGUCCUGUCCUCCCUGUGAUGGAGGGAGAUGACGUCACUCUGCUCUGUAAAACAAAGACCACUCCCUCCAACCUCCCAGCUGCUUUCUAUAAAGAUGGCUCCCUCAUCAGGAAGCAGCCUACAGGUCACAUGACCAUCCAGCAUGUUUCCAGGUCUGAUGAAGGCCUCUACAAGUGUGACAUCAGCGGUCAUGGAGAGUCUCCAUCCAGCUGGAUCACUGUCACAGAGAAUCACACCACCACACCUCCACCUACAUCCACACCUCCUCCUGCUUCCACCUCCAUCACUCGUCCUCCAUCACUCUCUCCUCCUGUUCUCUCUGUGUUGUCAUGUGUUGGAUCAGUCUGUGUUGCGGUUCUACUGGUGUUACUGGUUCUGCUGGUGAGGCGAUGUGUUCACAGGAAACCUGCAGGAGGACAAGAAAACACUUUAGAAAAUGAAGUCAUUGAUGACGUCAUAUACAGUGAGAUCAAAACAUCACACUGUCCGCAGCAGCCAAUCAGACAAAGCAGAGACUUUAACCGAGAGCCCAACGUUGUCUACUCUUCACUGGAGUAGUCCACGGGUCCAACCGCUGGUGUCUAACUGGUCCCCUCAGACAACAGGAUAUGUACAUGCUAAAUAGAUUUGUAUGCAUUUUGCGUC